AAUGGUACCGAUGGAACCAUUGGUGCCUUUGGGCUCUGUCAGCUCACAAAAAUAUUUCAAUUGUAUGCACUAUGAUGAUCUUGGAAUCUCACUGGAGAAUCCUUAAACAUGACUUUUUGCUCAAAUUUAAUCGUCCACGUCUUGAUGUUCUUUGUCACAUUAUAAUUAAUCGAAUGUUAUCACGAUUAAUACACCGUUAUAGUCUUCUUAUUACUGAAAGAAUUCAACCUUCUUGGAAAAAAGAUUUCAAGGCUGAGUGGAAAAAACUUGUAGGCCGAGAAUUAAAAAAUUCUAACAA